AUCUGCCGUUCCCUCCGCGCCCGAUUCUCCCGCAGGCAGCCGUAGGUGCCGCAGCGACGGUCCGAGACAGGCGGUGGCGCGAACACCCGGGCAAGGCCCCACGGAGCGUCCAGCGAGCGGGGCGGAUACACCACGGCCUGCGUCCGCGCCCGCCGCACGUACGCACGCGCACUGCGCCCAGCAUGAGGGUCGCGGCUCUGAUCAGUGGAGUCCGAUGAACUGGAUAGCUACAUGUAUCAGACUGUGGGUCAUCAUGCCAUUGACUUAUAUGCAGAAGCAAUGGCUCUUCCCCUCUAUCGCCGGACCAUCAGAGGAAGAAGCUUGGACACAGGACUAGUAUAUACCAAAUGUGAAGGUGAUGAGGUUGAAGAUCUCUAUGAGCUUUUGAAACUUGUUAAGGAAAAAGAAGAAGUAGAAGGGAUAUCAGUAGGUGCUAUACUUUCCGACUAUCAGCGUGUUCGAGUAGAAAAUGUGUGUAAAAGGCUUAAUCUCCAGCCUUUAGCUUACCUUUGGCAGAGAAACCAGGAAGAUUUGCUUCGAGAGAUGAUAGCAUCUAACGUUCAAGCAGUGAUCAUCAAAGUUGCAGCUUUUGGAUUAGAUCCAGAUAAGCAUCUUGGGAAAACCUUAGAUCAAAUGGAACCUAUUCUCUUAGAGCUUUCUAAAAAAUAUGGAGUCCAUGUUUGUGGAGAAGGAGGAGAGUAUGAAACAUUCACUUUGGAUUGCCCUCUAUUUAAGAAGAAAAUAAUUGUGGAUUCAUCAGAAGUAGUCAUACAUUCAGCUGAUGCAUUUGCACCUGUGGCUUACCUACGCUUUUUAGAACUGCACUUGGAGGAUAAGGUGUCUCCAGUGCCUGACAAUUUCAGAACAUCUAAUUAAAUACAUAAUUCUUGAAAAACAUUUUUGAACAUUAUUGACUAAGCCAUCAUUUCUAUAUGAAAACAGUUACAAACAGCUUUUUUUAAAUGUUUGUCAAUUGUCACAAACAGCUUUUUGUCAUUAUCUUAGAAAAAUAUACCAUUAUCAGAAAAAAUAAUGAAACCAUUGAUUCAUUGGAAAAAUAUCAAUGACAUGUUCAUUAGUUCUGCAGACUUCCUUGAGAUUUACUUUCUCUUUUGUUAACACAUCCUCCCUAUAACCUCUGUGUGUUAUAUGCCUCUUUUUUUCCCUUUUUCUUUAUCUCCAACUCUCAUUUCUGUAACAAAAAUGGCUUUUCUUUAUCACACUGAUUUCUUCUCCUUUUUUCUCUUUCUCCCUCUCCCCGCCCUCCUCUGUCUUUUAACUUCUAUCCCUACCAGUUAUGUCAUCAUGCAGAGGCUUUUGAAAAUGAGGUUGAAAAUGUGUAGCCAAUCAAUGAGCUUAUUCUACCAGGUGUCACCCAAAGUACUUUCUCAGUUUAUUUUUAUUUUUUAUUUCAUUUCUGAAAUAACACUUUUAAUUUAUAUUGUAAUCAGCAGCUUAAUACUCCACUAAAUAAAGAGCUCAAUGAACAAAAAAAAAAAAAAAAAAAAAAAAACACAGUUCAGCAGGAAUGUAGGCAAGGGCUAUAAACAAUUAUCAAAUAAAUAUAUUAAUUUCACCCAUAUUAAGUAUAUUUUUAAAUAGUCACAGAUCAUUGAAACUAUAGUAGUAUAUCAUCCUCAAUAAUUGUUCAAUUUUAAAAUAAAGUUUUAUAACAAAAUUUGCCAGAACAUUGUAUUUGUGGCAAAAUCAAUACAGGCAUUUCUUUCUUUUUUUUUUUUUAUUUUAGUUCCCAUAUAUAAGGGAGAACAUGCAUUAUUUGUCUUUCUGUGUCCAGAUAAUUUCACUCAACAUUAUGUCCUCCAGUCUCACUUUAGCUUUGAAUAUAUUCACGGCUCAAGAAUUUUAACAUUAGUAAGUAGUGAGGAAGAAUGUUAUUAACUCUUACUAGAUAUUGUAUAGCUUAUUUUGAAAGGGGGGGGCCAAAUUUCAUUAAUACCUGUGCUGACUUUAGAUAACUUUUUUAAAAAAAAGCUUUCUUUAGAACAGUUUUAGGUUUCAUGGCAAAAUUGAUCAUAAGAUACAGAGAAUUCCCCUACACAUAUGUACCUCUCUCCUAUUAUCAUCAUCCUGCACCAGAGUGAUGCAUUUGUUAACAGCUGAUGAACCUACUUUGACACUUCAUUAUCACAUGAAGUCCAUAAUUUACAUUCAGGUUCACUUGGUUAUGUACAUUCUGUUGUAUAAUUAUAUGUGUAUAAUGACAUGUAUAGUGACAUGUAUCCUUCAUUAUACUAUCAUACAGGGAAUUUUCACUGCUUUAAAAGUCCUCUGUGCUCCACCUAUUAAUUCUUCCCAACCAUCUAGUCCCUGGAAACCACUGAUCUUUACUGUCUCCGCAGUUUUUGUUUUUCUUAAAUGUCAUAUAGUCAGAAACAUAAUGUGCAGCCUUUUCAGAUUGGCUACUUAUUAAUAUCCAUUUAGGUUCUUUCAUAUCUUGUUAUGUUUUGAUAGCACAUUUAUUUUUCAUGCUGAAUAACAGUACCUGGAUGUACCAUAUUUCCUUUAUACAUUCACCUACCAAAGGAAAUUUUAGCUGGAAAUUAUGAAUAAACUUGCGACACACAUUCCUGUGCAGGCUUUUGUGUAAACCUAAGUUUUCAGUUUACUUGUUUAAAGACCAAUGAGCCCAAUCACUAAAUCUGAUGAUAAGAGUACGUUCAGUUUUUAAAGAAAGUACCAGAGUGGAUUCCAAAGUAACUGUGCUAUUUUUCAUUCUCACCAGCAUUCUCACUUGUUGUUUCACAUCCACCAACUCUGAGCAUUGUCUCUAUUUUGAACUUUUGUCAUUGUAGUAGGUUUCUAGUGAAUGGCAUUUCAUAAUUUGUUUUUGGUAUUGGAUCUAGAAAAUCAUCUUCAAGCCCAAGGUAUCUCAGUUUUCUCCAAUGUUAUCUUCUAAGAAUUAAAUAGCCUUGUGUUUUAAACUUAAGUCUAUGAUAUAGUUUAAAUAAAUUUUAAAGGAAGUAAAGUCUAUAUAUAUUUAUUUAUUUCUUAAUUUGGUUGCCAGUUGUUUCAGCACCAUUUACUUGAAAGAGUUAUCUUUCCUCUGCUGUGUGGCCUGGUUCUUUUGUAUACUUGUGUGGUGUACUCUGGGCUCCUUACUCUGUUCUCUUGAUUCUAAUUGUCUGUUUUAUUGCCAAUGCCACACUAUCUUGAUUACUGUUGCUGCAUAGUAAGUCUUGAAGUAUGAUAGUGCCCAUCCUCCAGCUGUAUUCUUCUUCAGUAUUGUAUUGAUUAUUCUCAUGUUUUGCUUUUCCAUAUAAACAAUAGCAUCAGUUUGCUAAUAUUCACAAAAGAAUACAUUCAAUCUGUGAAUCAAGGUGGGAAGAAUUGACGUCCUGACUAUAUUGGGUGUUCCUAUGCAGGAAUAUGGCAUAUCUCUAUAUUUUUUAAGUUCUUAGAACACUAUUUAGUUCAUUUGAGUUUGACUUAGAUAUUUUUCUUACUUAAUUUUUAAUAUAAUAUGUUUACUAUUUCCUCAGCUAGGACUAUUCAGGGUUUUUCUUGUUUUUUAUUUUAGUUCUUAACACCAUUGCAUCUCCAUGCCUUUCUCUCUACUUAAGGUUGUAUCUGACCCAUAUUCCUUUAAGUGUACUCUUUGCUUUCGUACUUGCUAUAUCUAAUUCCACUGCCAUAUUAAUUUUCCCUUAUAGCAUUCAUUAUCUGGCACAACAUUAUAUAUAAUGCUACAUUGUUUUCUAAAUGAUAAGAUGAAUAGUGGUGGAUAUUGCCUCCAAAUGCUAUUCCAGUCUAUCCCAGGACUUCCCUUCUUUUACCCUUUGCUCUAGUAAUACUGAAUCCUGGAUACUCCUGUAAUAUGCCUACCACUUUUCUCAUCCCUUGCCUCUGCUUAUUCUGUCUUCUCUCUUUCUUUUCUUCCAUUCCUUUAACUGUUUAUAUUCUACCCAUGAUGCAAGAUUGAACUCAAUACUCCCAUACAUUUAG